CGGUUAAAGAAGCGUGCGCGGACUUCAACUCCCGACAGCACCUUCUCCUCUAUCUACAACAACAGAAAAUUGCUGUCGGGGUUUUGUCCUGAGCGGUAGACGAUCCGGUAUUCUGUCCUGGUAUCGGCUCCAGCAUGACAUCCUUGCCUCUGUUUUUCCGCCGAGGCUGGUCAGCGCUUUUGCCGAGGCAAUGCAGCCUGUCUUUUGUCCGUCUGCGGCCUCGGAGGUCGGUGUCGGGCACCCGCUGCCUGGACUCCCGGUACAAGGGUAGCGCCUUGAAACGCUGGACACUGCUGGUGGAUCCUUUCGGCUCUUUAAAGGUGCGCCUGCCCUGCGAUGUGUCGGUGAAGCCGCUGGACCCGCACGGCUACCCGUCGGCUGACCGCGCUUUCGUCGAACUCAUUUCUCCAAACCAAGGGGAGAAUGUGGACGAUGUUCUGGUAAAGUACGACAAGGCUCUGAAACAGAUGGUGGUGACUUCUGAAAACAUCAGCGGCGAUACUCGCAUCGAUUUGGUCACUCCGGUAAAGUUUGACCUGGACAUUAGCACCUUUCAUAAAGGAUGUGUCAAAAUAAAAAAAAUGGAGAGUGAUAACUGCUAUGUAGAGACUGAAAAAGGGCACAGUAUCCUGAACUCAUUAAAGGCCCAUAAGGUCCAAGUCCAUAGCAAAGGUGGAAAAGUGAUCUGUCGAGGAACAAUCCAUGGAAAUGUAGACAUACAGACCUCUAAUAAAGGAAUUGUAGAAAUUGAAAAAUUGCAAGGAACAAGCAUGAAUAUUUCCACCACUGAUGGCACACUGAAAACAAAGUAUAUUUAUGCUGAAUCUUCAAGUCUAUCCUCUUCUACUGGCAACAUUGAACUUGGAAACAUUCAUGGAAAUGUUACAAUUCGGACUGAUGCAGGUUCUGUUACAGUAGAUUCUUCAGAUGGCAGUCUAACUGCUUCCACACAACAGGGUGACCUAGAUGUUUACAUCUGUCAGCUGGGAAUUGUAGAUCUGCUAACUCAAGAAGGUUCUAUCACAUUAAAACUGCCUAAAGCCUUAAGAGCUGAGCUACUGCUAUCUGGAUCAAUAGUAGAGGUCAGUCCUGAGAUUCAUCUGGAGGACAUUGAUAAUAGCACUCAGCAAAAUCACCAAACUGUUCACGCUUUUCUGAAUGGUAGAGGAGAAGAUGCUCAUUUAAUCAAGGCUCAUGCAGUGCGUGGUACGCUGAACAUUAAAAGCUAUAGUUGGAUUGAAUCUCUGAAGCUAAAGUCAUUGUAAUGAGUCCCUACUAUACCAAAUGGACUUUUGUUACCUCCAUAUUGAUGAGUUGCGAGCUUCCAUGUAUAGUUAUUAGAUGUACUUCUGCAACUUUAUUUCAACUGUAAAGAAAAUUAUAUUAAUCAUGUUUAUGUCAUGAUAAUAUGUUAUACAUUGUUCAGAAAUUAUCUGUAACUGAUUAAUUGUCAAGUUUUUGCCAGUUUUUAGGCAUUUAAUUUUAUAGCGUUUUUAUGUUCUUCAAACAAAUGUAGAGUAUUAGCCUAAUAAUAGAAUGUAAUGGUCAGUCACUCUUCCUCCAAAAUUGCUUCUACAAUUUGUAAUUAAUACCAUUUAAAUUAGAAAUAUUUGAUAGGUUGAUAGGAAUGGAUACAAAGUGGAUACCAUUACUUGAAGAUGGAGAGCACACUGAUUAGCAUGCUGAAGCUUAAAGGGCAUCUUGCUUAGGGUUGCCAACUAGCUGAACAAUGUAAUGCACAAUCACCCAUAACUAUUACAUUUACCUCAGAGGUUGGAUACCCUACAUUUUAGGAUCUUUGCUUGAUUUCACACCAUCACUUCUUGUUCAAGUUCCAAAAACCCAGGAGGCUUUCUGAAACCGAACUAUUGGCUUCUCCCAGUUCUUUUAUAUUCUUCCUUGUCAAAUACUUACCCCCAUUCUCCAUAAAAUUAAACUUCAGUUGUGACUUCAAUUGCUACACAUGGUAAAGAAUCCUGUCAUGUAAAUAAAAACCCUCAGUUCAAGAUGAUUCUAGCUCCACUCAUUAUUCUUGCAUCUUACAGGCUGCUACUGGCUCUGCAAACAAUAAUGGUAUCCUAACAAAGAUUCUCCCAACUCUCAUAGUUAGUAAGAACUGCAGCUGCUGGAGUCAGAGAUAACACAAUGUGGAGCUGGAGGAACACAGCAGGCCAGGCAGCAUCAGAGGAGCAGGAAAGUUGAUGUUUCUAAUUUAAAUGGUAUUUAAUACAGAGUAUAGAAGCAAUUUUGGAGUAAAGUUCCAGUCAGCGAACAAGCAAUAACUAUGAUACAUAUGCUGAGCUAAGCACUCAAUCAUACCAAAAACAGGUUGGCGACUAAAGUGAGGAAAAAGGAAAACUAGAUUUGGAGGAUCAUCCGUUCUAACACCUGUGCGAUAGACAUGGUGCACUAACACUCCUCUACCCACCACUCCCCCACUUUAAACACAGGGCAAGAGAGACAUUUCACACAAUCAGUUAAGCCACUGAUUGGCUGGGAUCUUCCAGGCACUCUAGUCCUACAGUUGUUGACUUUGCCCUGUGCAGGCUGUCAGUGCAGCAGCAGAUCUUAAGAUCGAGACUAUUUCAACAGAAAAUGACCCCAAGAUGACAAUGAACUGGGAACCCCAAUGAACGAGAAUGCAACUGUGGUCAAAUCCUAUUGGAGGAGCUCUAGAAUUUGACACAAUCCCAAGAGAGUCUGAAAGAAACAAUGAUUCUUGCAGGAGAUGCAGCUAGCACUGGGAUAUUUGGUUCCUCUCAGUUCAAUUUGCACAAAUUACCAUGUUGAAAAUGAGACAACCAGGUGCAGAUUCUUGGGGUGUCUCUGACUUACAGGUUUUAUUGUUCAACAUAAUACAGGAAAAAUAUAUUAUCAUAAUAUUCAGUUUUAAUCCUGCAUCUUCUGACAUUGCCUUGAAUUUGAACUAAAUUUACUUAUUAAAGAGAAAUUAAUUCCUCCUAUGCAUUAAAACAUGCCCUGCUGAUUAAUGGGUGUAAAUACAGGUAUUUCUGCUAUCAUGCGUGUUUCAUUAAAGUGAAUUGGGGCUGUGAUGCGAUUGAUGAAUAGUCGAUGCUGUUUGGAUAACGCAAACUUUAAACAGUACAGUAUAGCAAUUUUCUAUAACUGUUUCCCAUAACGCGAUUUUCUAUUACAAUUUUCUAUAGUGUGAGGUCACACAAGAAUACAACUAUCGUGUUAUAGGAGAACUACCUGUACUUUGAGGCAUUCUGAGCUUGUGAAUGGUGCUGAAUAAAAAUGCAGAUAUUUAUUUUUGUUACCAUUUUCCUAAUUCAAAUGCAUGCAAUGUAAUUUCAUAACAAAACCAUGUUGUUAUUGAAUAAUUGUCAUUUAUUUGUCCAUUUGUUUUGAAAUGUGAAUAUCCAAAAAGUAGUUUAAAUAAACUUCUUCAAACUUUGAA